UAUUGACAAAAAAGCCAAUUAAGUAGAUGUUAAUUCGCCAAAUCGCCAGAGUUACUGUAACCAUAAUUACAACUACAAGACGGGCAUGUCCAAGAAAAGUCUGGUUCUGUUGAAAGGACUUGCAUAAGUUAUUGUAUAGCUAAUAUCGUAGUGGAAUCUGUGUAGUAGUUACAAAGCUACCAAAAUGCAGCCACCACCGCGCAAGGGCAAUUAUGUCAAGUUCUUAAAAAAUCUUCACACGGAGCAAGUGGCCAAGCUGCAGUUGAAAAAUCAACAUGAGUGCGACCUUCUCGAGGAUAUACGUCAGUUUACCAUCAAGCGUUCGGCCAUCGAAAAGUCAUACAGCGAAGCUCUGUUAAAGAUAUCAUCACAGUAUCUCAACAAGAAAAUACCAAACAUACCUGACAUUAAGAUGGAGGGGAUGGAGGAGCGUUGGAACAUGUGGAGUGUUUGGCGAACCGUGCUUGAGGAAAACGAAAAGUUGGCACGAGCACGGCUGGCCGCCAUCGAGGUGUUUCAGCAGCAGAUUGCUGAUGAAGCGAAGGUGCUUCGAGAUUACAAAUUGGCCAUAGCCAAGCGCUCCCUGGCUGGCAUAGUCAACGUGCAGAAGGAGCUGCACUUGAGUGUUGGCGAUGUCGACAAAACCAAGAAGCAAUACUUUGAUGAAGAGCAUUGUGCCCACGAUGUGCGCGAUAAGGCGCGAGAUAUUGAGGAAAAGCUUAAGAAAAAAAAGGGCUCCUUCUUCCAGUCCAUAACGUCUUUGCAGAAAAAUAGCGCGCGCGUGACGUCACGCAAAGAGCUUCUGGAGGAAAAGUCGACCGGAGCGCGUAACGACUAUAUUCUCAGUCUGGCAGCAGCAAAUGCUCAUCAGAAUCGGUACUUCACCGUCGAUCUCCAGACGACAAUGACCACAAUGGAGAAUUACGUUUUCGAGCGUGUCGCCGAAUAUUUAACUUUGAUGGGACGUACCGAGCUGCUCACUUGCUCGGCCACUCAGAACAGCUUUGGGAAGAUUCGGGAUCAGGCACAACAGCUAACACGCGAAUAUAAUCUACAGUGCUGCUAUUUGUUCUAUCCGGUACUCAAACAGCAUAUUCAGUACGACUUUGAGGCAUGCGACAACGAUCCCGUACGCAAAGUAACGUGUGAGCAUGAAUCUGCCUCUGAGACGCUCACUAAAGAGGCGAAGAAUUUGGCGGGGCGUGUAGUCAAAGAGAAUGCUUCGGUCAGGGAGAAUGCAAAGAAGUUGGCGCUGUGUGUGUCCCUGCGCGACUCUGGUCAGCGUACGGAUCCAAAUGAUCCCAAUGGUCCGGACUUGGACACGAAAAUUGAAGAAUUUCGGGACCAUAUUCGCCGCUCUGAGACCGAGAAAGCCAAGGCUGAGGCCUGUCUUCAAUGUCUGCGCGAUGGCGGUAUUAAUGUUGAUGAAUGGGUGCAGGAGGCCGAGAUCAUGGGUGUGCAAGAGCUGACGCGCUCAACCAGUUCCAUAUCCAUGCGUACUGAUGCAUCGGGUCAAGGCGAAAAUCCAAGUUCGGAUUCGUUCUAUGAUAGCGAUAAGGAGGAGGCGGCCGUUCAGCCCACUGCAACCAAACCCAAAGAAGAGCAGCCAUUGUCGCGGGAUCGCACUUUCAGCGACAGUGAUGAGGAACCCGAAGAACGUGUUGCGCCUCCCACUACCCAGGUGCCCAUGAUGGCUGCUACCAGUAGUGGUUGGGACGAUCCGACCGAAGUCAAUUGGGGUGCCGAAGAGGAAGAGGAUAAAAACGAACCCAUUGUCCCUGAGCCCAAGGAGGCAAUUUUUAAGUGCACUGCGCUCUAUAGCUACACUGCUCAAAACCCUGACGAGCUGACUAUUGUUGAAAAUGAGCAACUUGAGGUCAUUGGCGAGGGAGACGGCGACGGUUGGUUGCGCGCACGCAACUUCCGCGGUGAGGAGGGCUAUGUGCCCCACAACUAUUUGGACAUCGAUCAAGAUGCUGCCGGCACCGCCUUAAAUGGUAGUUCAGGAAAUCAAUUGCGCUCACAAAUUUCAUUCUCAUCUGUCGAUUAUACUGUUGACAAUGAAGAUCAAACGGUGGACUCAAUGCAAUCUCCUGAUCAGGUGUCGGUUAUAAUGGCGCCGCAAAAGCGCGUCAAGUCGGAGGUGGAGUGGUGUAUUGCGUUGUAUGAUUACGAUGCCAGUGCCGAGGACGAGCUAACCUUCGAGGAAGGCCAGAUCAUCAAGAUUGUGACAAAAACAGCCCAUGGAGUGGACGAUGGAUGGUGGGAGGGUGAGCUGGAUGGAAAAUUUGGAAACUUCCCCUCUUUGGUGGUCGAGGAAUGCGAUGAAAUGGGCGAGCCAUUAACCGAAGGCGGUGAUGAGUCCCCGCCGCCAACAGCUCCGCCCACUUUUGCAUUGCCGCCAGCACCAGCAUUGCCGCCAGAGUAUGCACAUGAAUUGGAGUUAACAGAGGAUAUGUUUGGUUCACAGGAUACGGCAGAUGAUGAUAGUGGCUAUAUACCAAACGGCGCUGCUGCACCUUCAAUGCCUCCACCAGUGCUCAUUCAAGAACCUGGCAUGGAGGACGACAUGAGCGACGAUGGUAAGCCACCACCACCAUUGCCACCACCACAGCUGGUCAAGGAGGGGGCUGCGCCAGCUAGCGCAAAUGCGAACACAUUAAACUUAGGUAUGGCACAAAUAAUUGUAACCGCUGCAACCCCCAUGGUUGAAGACGGUGCCGAUAAAUCUUUCCCACCAGUAGGAGAGAGCGAACAGUCGUCAACUGUUGACGAAACGAAGGCCCAGCCGGCGGACAAAAAGCCUGAGAUAGCGCCGAAACCGACGGCCAAAGUCUCGCCUCAAAAGCAGUCGCACGUGGCUGCUUCGAAAGAAGGUAAAAGUAGUGGCCCAGUAAGACCCACUGUAAGCAUAACUCUGACAGAAUAUCAAUCCUGUCAUGCAGAGGACCAGCAGUCCUAUUCGGAGGGCACCGACUCAGCAUCAGUUGAAGUCCCAGCUCUUCCGGAGGUUGACGAUCCGUUCAAUGAGAAGUCAAAUGCGAGCGUCGCUGCCGCCGAUACUUUGGCUAAUGCUCCCGAUGGGGGCGGUGGCUUUGAAGCCAAUUUUGAGGCUAAUUUCGAUGUUAAUUUUGACGAUGCUUUUGCCAGCGGUGGCAAUAGUAGCGCAGUGUCUGGGGGGAAUAGCGCGCGGGGUCGUGGUGAGCAGUCUCAUGAUUUGGACGUGAAUGGUGAGAUGAAUGUCGAGACCGAGGCUGAAAUGAAUGAUAUUGAGGCGCCGAAGCAAGUUGUUGGUGGGCGUGCUAGCAUACCAGAAGAAUUGGACUCCAAUCAACUGGCACGUUUACAAAAUCUCAAGGAGUCGAAUGCUUAGAUUUCGCCUCUUAAUGACAAAUAAAACGGCUUCUUCAAUGUUUUCUAUCUGUAAGGCACGCGAUAUAUAGAAUAUAGACUUACUAAUGGACAGUUAUAGAGCACCCGCUACUGUUUGUACUGCAACAAUACUCGUACCACAACAUAAUGCAAACAACAAUUAUAAGUUGAUAACUUAUUAUACAGACACAUGCAUAUACUAUAUAGUAAAUACACACCAAAAAUAGUCACAGUUGUGGCUGAGGCAUCGUCGUAAGUCUGCAGAUGUACAAGGACCGCCAUUUAUGAAUUGGAAAUAGGCAAAUAGGCUUUUGAUUUUUGACUACAAUGAUUGGCGUUUUGGUGUCUAGAAACUUGAUUUCAACUUCGUAGAAUUAAGUUGAACUAGAUGGCAGACCAUUAAAGAACAAUGCAAACGCUGGUAUACGUAUGGAUAACGGAAAGUAUAGUAAAGUAUAGAAAUUCGAAAACUGGAGUUCUUCACAUUGGCAUAGGCAUUGUUUAUUUCCGAAUUUUAAAAGGCAGCCCAUGCACGUAACUAUUGUUCAACGAUAAGAUAAACUGUCGCCAUAAUGUAAGCAGUUAGAUAAAUUACUUGCAAUCAAUUGGGAAGUUCCCGAGCAAUUUUGUUAACGUUUCAAAGUUUUAGAAUGACAUUUCCUAUUAUUUGAUUUUCAAAUUAUGCAAGCACAUUGAUUCAGUACGUUAACUUACAAGAUCGGAAUGCCCCAAAAGUAAUAAAUAUUUAGAAUGUAAAAAGUAUUUCUCAAUUAGUGUACAUUUGUCCAUUGGGAAAGUCAAACUGUCACUAAUAGUUACCAAAAUAUCAACUGGGCCUUUAUACAAAACCACCACGCGUUAAUGAACUUUAGAUAAUGAAUUAUUACACCCUUACAUAUAAGGAUAAGUAACGAUAUAAAUAUGUAACUACAAGUAUAUCUUUUAAUUUAGCAUUUCUUAAGUGUCAAGUAUUUGUUCUGUUCUGUUAGCUAAAACGGGUCAUGAAUGUCUGUAUAUGUAGUUACUAUUGAAUAGAUUAUAUAUUCGCUGAAAAGGGAAGGGCUCAGUAGGAGUAAAGUAAAAGACAAUAGUCGCGGACCGCCGUGCGUCUGUUCGCUUUAGAGUUUUAUUGG